UGUUGAAAUGAACCCCAAAGUUGAAAACACCACUAGAACACAAGUGAUGGCAUUGAAGACUGUAAGAAGGAAUAAGGUUUCUGAUAGUGAUGAGAAAGAAAAACGUCUGUUAUAUGAAAAUCACAUGUUGAAGGAUGAAAUUGCCAAGCUAACACUGGAACUAGACACAGUAAAAAAUCAGAACCAGGAAAAAUAUUUUGAGGACAUUAUGAUUGUCAAAGAAAAGAAUGACCAUUUUCAAAAGACAAUAACAGAAACACUAUUUCAACACAAUGCGCAGCUUGAAGUUCUGAGAGCUGAGCUUACAAUGCUAACUCUAAACUGGAGGAUAAACAACAAAACAGAGGAAGACUGGAAGCAGAAGGUGAAUCACACAGGUCUAGACGGGCUACUGUUGUACAGGAUCAUGAGCAUUGUCAGACAUCAAAAGGAGAUCUAUAAGUUGAUUUCAAGAAAGAAAAAGAAUGGUUUUGUUCCCAGGACAAAAAUAAAUCUGAUAUGUCUAAUCUAAAAUGUGACUUUGAGAUUCUUUCUCAAAAAUUUUCUAUACUUGAAAGCAAAUCCAAUUACCUAGAAAUUGAGUUGCAUCACACAAGAGAUGCUCUCAGAGAAAGGGCAUUGGUUUU